UAAGAGGGUUUGGGAAGGCCUUUGAACUGCUGAGCAUCAAUCGCAGAUUUCUCUCCCCUCUAUUUCCUCAUCUGCGGACCUCAGUGUAUUCGACUACCUCAGCCAACCCGCACGCUGGACGCAAUAAUGAUACCCGACACUUAAAGCCGAAAGUGUUGCGGUGUGCGCAACAUAUAGUGUUUUGCUCUCCCUCUCUCUCUCUGUGCUGCUUGUUUCUUUGUCUCCUUAUCUAUUUGCAUGCCAACCCUUAUCAAGCUGGGCUGUCCUUUCUUCAGCCUGCAUCCUAAUUAUGCGUCUCAAAGAGAGACCGGCCGGCCCCCUACAUCUGACAAGCGUCUGAGGAAAAAGCUGCAUGUCUGAUGACUAAAUCCUGUUUUCUCGAAAAAGCGCCCAUCACUCACCUCACGUAUGUUAGGGGACCCGAGACCAACAUGCUCAGAGAAGGAUACGAGGACGUUGUUUUAAGGUCACUUGGAGAUGCAUGACAACCUGGCCAUCAAAUUGACCCAUUAAGCAGGGUUGCCAGGUUUUUCACAACAAAACCUGCCCAAUUGCCAUUAAAAUACAUGUUUUUUUUUUUGUUUGUUUGUUUGUUUGUUUUGUUUGUUUUUGUUUUUGGUAAAUUUGCAUUCUGGAGGAUAAAUAUCAAGAUAAAAAUCAACCCGCCGACAUGAAAAACAACCAGCAGCAACAAUGUUAAUGUAGCCCAAUUCUGAGGGAAAUCCGCGGACUUGGCGACACUGGUAAUACGAUGGGAUAUGUGAGCAGCUCACAUCAUUAUAUACGAUUAUUAUUUCCAUCUUUAUUAAGUGAUUACGAUUUAUCGUUUUCAUUUUAUAUUAUUAAAAUGGCCAAACUUUAGUUGCAGAUAAAGCUCACGCAAAACAACUUACUGCGUGGACAAUUCACCUUGAUCAGCUUCAUAUAAACGCCAUGAGUACAAUGUUGCCAGAUCAGAACUAUGAUUUCAGUAUUUCUCCACUUUCUGAGUCACCUUUACUGAGGAUCAAACCGGCAGAAUUUGUGUUAGCAACCUAGAUCCUUUACCAUUAAGCCAUUACCACCUCCUAAGUACAUGUACUUUUUUUUAAACGAGUACCAUGGACGUCAAUUUAAAAUUAAUUUAAGAAUUUGAUUUUGGCGUAGCCUAAUCAGUCGAGGUUCCGCCCAAAUUGUAUUAUCUAAACGUAUUUUUAAACAAACACUAAUGUUUUCAUUCAUAUCUAAAUCUUACUUAAUGUUUUCAGUGAUGUAUAAAUCUAAAAGUGAUAAAUAAUCACAGCGCUUCUCACCCUUUACGCACACAUCGUCCGAAUGUGACCGCAAUGGAAUCGCUGGAGCAGCUGACUGUUGCUAUGGUUACACUCUCAGGCGAACACAACUUUUAUUUGUUAGCGUUUGUUCGCUAAACCUGUAGUUAUAAAAAAAAUGUGUUUGAGCUAAGACGCCUCAGCCUUUUGUUUCGAUUUUCAAGCCAUACGCAAGUGGAGAGUCUGCUUUCCCCACACCCGCCUCAAUUCGCAAGCGCGUACUGUGCACUUUUCUUAAUAUACCCAUUCAUAUAAACACUUGGACUGUCACAUGAAGGCGGGGCUCGCUGUAACUCCAUAGUGACGUGAUGAGGCUUGUCUUGGUCAAACCUACCAAUGAAACGGGCCUUCUUGACUCCACCGGGGCUGCGCGCAGCGAAAGGGUGCCGGAUCAUUGCAACGCAAAGCGGCACUCCGCCGCAGGUGAGGCGGGGAUGCAGCAUCGCUACUCGGGAGCCGUCCAUCAGCACCACCACCAUCACCACCACCACCAACAACACGCGGAGCACAGGGGUGGCAGUAGACAGACCGCACACCCCUUGCCAAAACAGAGCCAAGAGAACCUGCCCAGCCCUUUCAGUCAGGAAGCACCAGUCAAAAGCCAAGGGAGCAACCCAAGUCUCGCAGACUGUUCCAAACCCUCCCUAAGUCGGCAGCAGAGUGUCGGAGGGGCUGCCAAACCUGCGAAUUGCCAACAAGAUUAUUGUUCGUGCAGCUGCGGAUUGCAAGAGCAUCAACAGCUGUUGCAGCAACAACAGCAGCAGCAGCAGCAUCACAACCCUCCACCUUCCCUCCAGCUACAGGUUCAGCAGCAGCGGCUGCUGAGGAGCAGCCUGCCCAACUGCUGCGUGCGGGGAUCCGGGGAGCUAAGAAGCCAGCAGCCGUCUUUGCUGCAGCAGCGUGACAACGACAGCCUGAGAUCAGGCGAGCAGCGGAAUCUAGCUCAUCACGCCCGUGCGUGGACGCCUGAUAGAUGCCAGGGAGCCAGGAACUCCGUUUCACCGCGGAGUAAAAGCAGCCCGCUGUCCUCUGACAGUCGCCUGUGGCUCGAGGAGAAUAAACACAGACACGAAGGCUGUAAGGUGAAUGCGGAUGCCAACAGGCUGAGCCAUGCUGGAUCGCGGCCUUCCCUGUCCCACGGCGGCCCACAGUAUCCUCAGAUAGCCAUGAACAGCUGCAAGUACAAUGGGGGCAUAGUCAGACCACUCGGCAGUCUGGGGGCGUCCCGGAGGAACCUAGCAGAGCUGGACUCUGAGACACAGCCUUUGCAGACCCUGCACACUUCCGGCCUGGAGGUGGUGGUCUCCAAAGGGAACGGGGAAGACCCUAGUAAGCAGUCCAGCGAGAACCUCGUGAGGCAAAGACCAUGCAGCGCUCCGCAUAAGAAGAACAAGGACAUUGGCUAUAAGCUCGGCCACCGGAGGGCGCUGUUUGAGAAACGCAAGCGCCUUAGCGACUACGCCCUGAUUUUUGGAAUGUUUGGGAUUGUUGUCAUGGUGACGGAGACGGAACUCUCCUGGGGAGUUUAUACAAAGGAAUCCUCAUAUUCAUUUGCACUGAAAUGCCUUAUUAGCCUCUCCACUGUAAUUCUGCUCUGUCUGAUCAUUAUGUACCACGCACGAGAGAUUCAGCUUUUCAUGGUGGACAAUGGAGCAGAUGACUGGCGGAUAGCCAUGACGUACGAGCGUAUCCUCUUCAUCGUUUUGGAGCUGCUGGUGUGUGCCAUCCACCCCAUUCCAGGUCAGUACGUCUUCACCUGGACCGCCCGCCUGGCCUUCACCUACACGCCGUCUGUGGCGGAUGCAGACGUGGACAUCAUCCUCUCCAUCCCCAUGUUCCUGCGGCUGUAUCUGAUUGGCCGGGUCAUGCUCCUGCACAGUAAGCUCUUUACGGACGCCUCGUCACGCAGUAUCGGAGCCCUCAAUAAGAUCAACUUUAACACACGCUUUGUCAUGAAGACUUUGAUGACUAUCUGCCCAGGCACAGUCCUGCUGGUUUUCAGCAUAUCAUCAUGGAUCAUUGCUGCCUGGACUGUGCACGUCUGUGAGAGAUACCAUGAUAAAGUGGAAGUCACCAGUAACUUCUUGGGAGCCAUGUGGCUGAUCUCCAUAACCUUCCUGUCUAUUGGUUAUGGAGACAUGGUGCCUAACACAUACUGUGGGAAGGGAGUGUGUCUCCUUACUGGAAUCAUGGGGGCCGGCUGCACUGCCCUAGUGGUGGCUGUCGUAGCCAGGAAGUUAGAGCUCACCAAGGCUGAAAAGCAUGUCCAUAACUUUAUGAUGGACACUCAACUCUGCAAAAGAGUGAAAAACACGGCUGCUAAUGUACUCAGGGAAACAUGGCUCAUCUACAAACACACAAAGCUUGUGAAGAAGAUUGACCAUGCCAAGGUCCGGAAACAUCAGCGCAAGUUUCUGCAGGCCAUUCACCAACUGCGAAGUGUGAAGAUGGAGCAAAGGAAGCUGAAUGAUCAAGCGAACACGCUGGUGGAUUUAGCAAAGACACAGAAUGUGAUGUACGACCUGGUCUCAGAGCUGCAGGAGCGCAGUGAGGAGCUGGAAAAGCGGAUCGGUCACCUAGAGGCAAAACUGGACUCCAUAAACAGCAGUCUGCAGGCUCUGCCUGGCCUGCUCUCACAAGCCAUACAGCAGCAACAGCACCACCUGCUGGACGGGCUGACCCAGCGCGGAUUCACCCUCACACGACCCUCCUCGCAGACCUCCGAACGCUCCUGGGCGUCCUCCGUGCACCGACGGAGAUCACCCUCUACCGCACCACACACGUCCUCCGAUAGCGGCUAGCACGCUCUCACACACUCGAAACCAUACUCUAAACCUACACACACACUCCUACACACCUCUAUCAUCCACUAACACUGCUAAAUAUACUUUUAGUACUAAAACGUUAACAAGAAUGACAACUUCAACACACUGGAAUAAAAUGUAAUGAAUUAACACAUCAUGGUAGAGAUAUGGUUUAUGUUUAGCCAUUGUAUGGCUGUUUAAAGUUAGCUUUUUUGUAAAGCCCUUGUAUAGUAUGAACUGGAUUCAGACUGCAGGGGGUGGAACGGAUUUAUAUAGAGAGAUAUAGUUUGGAAACUAAAUAAAGAACUGAGUAGGAAGGAAAAAUGCGAAGGAGAGGACGUCACCAGACAGGCAGAGAUUAUAACAUACUAGCAUGCUACUUAUUGGUACUGCUGUAUAUAUUUGUAUACAGUACAGUAUGCACAUUUUCAGGAUGCAUUAAAAUACCCAGCGACAUUUGCCAGAGAACACUGCGUUGUAACUUUUCUUUUUCAGCAUUAUAGUUAGCGGUAGUUUUUAGCAUAAAACAUUUAAGCAUCAAAACAAGAAAAAUGUUACCCAAAAUUGAAUGAACCCUAACGCAGUCCUUGUUUAUUUUAGACCAAAUAAAUGAAUAAAUUGUAUGCUUUGAAAUUUGAAUUAGAAUUUUUUCAUCGGAAUGAUGCAAAACUUCUGUGGAGCAAAAGAGGAAAAUUUGACCCUGGAACAUAAAAGAAGUCAUAAGGGUCAAUUAUUUGAAAUUGAGAUUUAUACAUCAUCUGAAAUCUUCCAUCGAUGUAUGGUUUGUUACGAUAGGACAGUAUUUGGCUUAGAUACAACUAUUUGAAAAUCUGGAAUCUGAGGGUGAAAAAAAAAUCUAAAUCCUGAGAAAGUGGCCUUUAAAGUUGUCCAAAUGAAGUUCUUAGCGAUGCAUAUUACUAAUCAAAAAUUACGUUUUGGUAUAUUUACGGUAGAAAAUUUACAAAAUAUCUUCAUGGAACGUGAUCUUUACUUAAUAUCCUAAUGAUUUUUGGCAUAAAUGAAAAAUCUAUCAUUUUGACCCAUACAAUGUAUUUUUGGCUAUUGCUACAAAUAUACCCGUGCUACUUAAGACUGGAUUUGUGGUCUAGGGUCCCAUUUAUGAUUUUCAAAAGAAAAGCAAAAAAAAAUAUGAAUAUACAGAGCUUUUGGGGGGAUACAAUCUAUAAAUCAUCAAUGGAUUUUAAAUGCCAUUAAACACCUGAUUUUAAUUUGAAAUAAUAUGAAAUAUUUUUUCUAAUAUUUGUAUUACUUUAUAUUGAAAUAAUUGAAUAAUUUAAUGAAUAUUGUCUGAAAUCCCCUCAAAAUGCAAAAUAUUAAGGAAUUAAACAUCUAAUGUUAUAAGAUUGUGUAACAACAACUACACAUUGGUAGAAUACUGCAAAUUCAGUGGAAGAAAAAAUACUGUAUACAGUAUAUACUGCACUGUAUGAAGUAAGUACUAAGCUAGUAUUCUAAUACAUUGAAUAGAGGCUUAUAGAAUUGUUGUUGAAUUAUCCAGCUCAUAGAAGCUGAGAAAGGGCCUUUGGAAGACCAGCAUUCAGAUUUAUUAAUCGUUGCUAGAUACAAAAAUCAAGUCCAAUUCAACUGAUAAAUGUUUCCAUGAGUCACACCACGCUUUUUAUUUAUAUUAUACUGACCACAUUCAAGGUCUAGUAACAAUAUUCAUAGGUGAAAAGCUCUUAAAGGGAUAGUUUACCCAAAAAUUUUCUCAUUAGUUACUCACCCUUUUCAGACUUUUGUUCAUUUUCGGAACUCGAUUGAAAUCUGAAGGCUUUCCGACCCUGCAUAGACAGCAACAGUACUACCACACAGAAGCUGGUGUUAUUUUUUGUUUACUUUGUGGACAUUCUUGGAUAUUCUUGUAGCUUCAUAAUAUUAAGGUUGAACCACUGAUGUGACAUGGACUCUUUUAACGAUGUUCUUACUACAUUUCUGGGCCUUGAAUGUGGUAGUUGCGUUGCUGUCUAUGCAGGGUCAGAAAGCUCUCGGAUUUCAUCAAACGUAUCUUAAUUUGUGUUCUGAAGAUGAAUGAAGUGUUACUGUUUUGGAAUGACAUGAGGGUGAGUAAUUAAUGACAGAAUUUUCAUUUUUGGGUGAACUAUCACUUAAAGUGUUUAACAGGAGCUGCAUAAUAAUAUAUGGCCAAUCAAAACCAAAUAAGAUUCCGGCAGAGCUUCCAGAGGUCCUUAAAGCUCCUUUAGCUCAGGCGAUCUGUAAGACAGCCUGGGGAUGUGAUGGGAAGGAAAUACUGUACACCCCCAUGCAUGUUUCAAUGCAAAUGACAAUGGAGCUGACGGGGAUGGUUUUCUCUUAAUUUUUCCUUUCUUUUCUUUUCUCUUCUCAUUUUUUACAGAGAUUCCUUUUUUAUUAUUUACCUAGAUUUUUAUAGCUUGUAGAGGAUAUACAAAAUGUUACAGCAGAGUGGCAGCAUAGUUGAAAACAUGCAUUCCUUGAUCAAAGACUAGACAAAAAAUUCACCUAAACAAAAUGUAGAAGCAAACAACAGGAGAUGAAUCCCCCAUUCGGAUAUCAUUACCACUUACAUGAAUUUGGUUCCCAGUUCUAGGUUUAGAACGAAAGCAUCAAGAUGUGAUUGUCAUUACGGGUUUGAAAAUCAGCAAACUGCCUUUACUGUGUGUCUUUGGCCUUGUUGACCAAGCUGUAGCGGAUUUACAUAAUGCUGGGCUCCAAUAUAAAGAAAUAAAUGAACA